AUGACCCAGGGCUUCUGGCGGCUCUACAAGGCCAAAGUUCUGCAGACCCUGGGGGGGACACAGGCAGAUGGGACACUGCAAGAGGAGGGAGACACCCCUGAGCUGAUGGAGACGGAUGAGCCACCCACACUGAUGGAGGAAGGACCCAGCCCCGUGUCCCAGCUGGCAAGGAAGGUGCAGGGGGUGGGUGCCCGGGGCUGGCGGACGCUUUCAUCCCUCUUUACCCGCGAGGACGAGCACCAGCUGCUCAGCCCGGACCCCUGCGCAGACCACCCGCUGGCCGCCUCGCCACCUGAGCCACCCUCCUCCGAGAAGGCAUCCGGCUUUUGGGAUCUCUUUGCUACCAAGUGGCAGCAGGCGUCAGGGCUGGACAAGGGGGUGUCCCCCCCAGAGCCGGGUGAGAGCCCCCGGGAGCCGCCGGAUGAUGAUGGUAGUGACCUGCGGGAGCCGGAGGAAGGGGCCUUCCGCUGGGGCUUUCUGGCUGGCAAACUGGCCGAAAUCCGAAAUAAAAACGCCCCCAAGGGCAACUAGAGGAGGAGGUACCAGCCGGACUCUCCAGCAGCGUGGGUAGCCCCCCACCCCGCUGGCAGGCAGC